UUGCUCUUGCUGGGUUGGGAGUUUGCGCCCCGUGGAAUUAGCCCAUCAGUUCAAAGGCUUAAGCUUAACAUCUCCUGGGAAAGUGGGAUGGUCCAUUGACACUUACAAUAACAGAGGAGGAUAUAUGGAGAAGAAUUCACAAAAAUAGACGUUUUUAUCUGGUUUUACCCCUGACUUUCCAGCAUGACAGGGCCUGAGGAAAUGGUCAGCCAGGUGGACAACCUCUUGGAGGCAGAAGAGGAAGAAGGUGCACUGUGGGAGAAGAUUGAGAGUGUGCGGCACCAGCUCACCCGCUCUCUGAACCCAGCAAAGCUGACCCCGUACCUGCGGCAAUGUCGUGUGAUUGAUGAACAGGACGAGGAGGAGGUGCUGAGUGCCUUUCGGUUUCCUUGCAAGAGCAACCGGACAGGACUCCUCAUGGAUAUCCUUCGAAGGCGAGGAAAACGAGGCUAUGAAGCAUUCCUUGAGUCCCUGGAGUUCUAUUACCCUGAACAUUUUACCCGGCUAACAGGGAAGCAACCUGUUCAGCGUUGUUCUAUGAUCCUGGACGAGGAAGGCCCUGAAGGCCUGACUCAGUUCCUGAUGAUGGAGGUCAAGAAGGCGCGGGCCCAGCGAAAAGGACACUUGGCAAAAGAGUACCAGCUCCAGGUGAAGAACGAGGCUUUGGAGGAGGAGAGUGCCCAGCUGAAGCGGCAGCUCCAGGAGCUGCAGAAGGUGCAGGAACGUUGCCGGCGGUUGCAGGAGGAGUGGGACUCCAACAGUCUGGAGCUGCUGAGGCUGAAGGAUGAAAACUAUCUGCUGGCCAUGCGCUAUGCACAGCUGUGUGAGGAGAAAAAUGCGGCCAUCCUUCGAAGCCGGGACCUGCAGCUGGGGGUAGAUCAACUGAAAUGCAGAGUCAGUGGCAUGGAGGAGGAGUGUGCCUUGCUGAGGAAACAGGCCCUGGCAGCUCCCCAGCGAGAAGUGGAGGAUCACAGCCUUGCCGAUACUGUCUCUGAGCUGCGGGCUGAGAACCAGCGGCUGAUGACUUCACUUCAGGAGCUGCAGAAUGCAGUGCAGAAGGCAGGUGAGGGCCAAGUGCCGGGCUCUGAGAGGAUCCUGCUAGAUAUUUUGGAGCACGACUGGAAAGAGGCACAAGCUGACCGACAGGAACUGUGUCAGAAACUGGAUUCUGUGCAAAAUGAACUGCAGUGGGCAGAGGAACUGAGAGAUAAGUACCUGCAUGAUGUGGAGGAUCUGCAGUUGAAGUACCAGACCCUGCAGAAGAACUGUGACCUGUACAAACACAGGAUGAAUACUGUGUUGGCUCAGCUGGAUGAGAUCGAGAAGGAAAGAGAUCAGGCAAUCCAGAGCCGAGAUGGCAUUCAGCUGCAAUACUCCCAAAGCCUUGUUGAGAAGGACCAGUACCGUAAACGGGUCCGGGCCUUGGAGGAGGAGCGAGAUGAGUUGCUGAGCAAACUUACGCAAGCUGAAGGCAAGAUUGGCACCUUGGAAGCACAGCUGCAGCGAUGCAACUGCACCAGGGGCCUGGCCAAGAAGAUGUGCUCCUCUGCCCAUUCGCUGUGUUCCAUCCUUAGUAGCACUUGGAGUGUGAUAGAGAAGCCUUCAACCCUGGAUGAUGGGGCUCUUGAUACUCCAGGCAUCCCUGACAUCUCCUUUCCUUGUGACAAUAUAAGCCAAGAUGUGGAUGUGUCCCCCGACACAGAAAAGGAAAUAAACCGCCUUUCCAUCUUCCCCUUCCCUCCCUGUGCUGGCUCCAUACUUCGACGACAGCGUGAAGAGGGACUGGCUCCUAUCAAGAGCCAGUCUUAUGGGUCCUUCGGCAGCAUGGAAGACUUGACAGGCAGUGUGACCACCACCGUCUCAUCCGUCAGGUCCCCUUCCUCUUCCAGCAGUGCGCACAGCAGGGCAAAGUCAGAAAUUUGCCUGUCCAGCAUCUCCGACCAGAAUUUUGCCAGGAGAUCUGUUGUGCUGCAUUUGUCUAGUGCAGGUCCCCUGAGCAUUCCAGCGCCCCAAAGCAGGGGUCUUGCUGGGGACAUCUCCAUCCUGGGAGGAAACAGAACAGGGAUUUACAUCCAGUGGGUGAGACCAGGCUCCGAAGUGGAGAAGGCAGGACUCCGAGAGGGAUGCCGGCUGCUAGAGCUUAGGGGGACACAGAUAAAUGGGGAGGUGCUCUCUCUGGAGAACUGCACACGGGAGGUGGCUUACCUGAGUCUUUUGCACUGGGAUGAUCCAUCAGCUCUCCUCUUCUUGCCUGAUAUGACAGGAUACCUGCCUCUUCAAGAAGCACGAGAUGCCGGCCGGAAGGUUCCUGGAGACUCUUUCUAUGUGCGCGUCAAUCUGAGUCUCCUGGAGCUGGCAGACCCUUUGGCUCUGUGUGUGAAGUGCCAGGAGAUCCUUCAUGUCACGGACACCUUGCACAAGGGGCGGUUGGAGUGGUACUGUGCCCGAGUGGACCCCUUCACCCUCCGGGACCUGGACAGGGGCACGGUACCCAACUACAACAGGGCCCAGCAGCUCUUGAAGAUCCAGGUUGCGGCCCGUCAAAAAGGCUGCAGGACUAAGCUGAAGAAACGAGCCCUGGACCAGCUUCGCCUGGUGAAGCACAAGCAGCCGGAUGAGGCCUUUUGGAAGGACCCUUGCCCAGAUGGCGUGGUAAAACCUUACAGUCCAGUACGCCCCCUGGUGGUUCAGACCUGUCGCCCUGUUGUGCUCUCACCUGGCUGCUUGGCACCACAGCUCAUUAGGAAACUUUUGGACCUCCCUUCUUCUCAUCAGGACUUCUACUUGUGCCCAUCUGAUGCUCUUCCUGAACAAAGAUUCUCCUCCGGUUCCUGCAAAAAUAUUCUUAAUGCUGAUAUGACUCAAUGUUCAAGGGAUCAUGGGAGGAUCCGCACUAUCCAAGAGGCUGCUGGAAAGAAUAAACACUGCCUGCUAGAACUGGAGGUCCAGGUGGUGAGGGAUCUAAUUAAAAGUGAAAUAUACCCCAUCAUUAUCCAUGUUGAGGUCACUGAGAAGAACAUCAGGGGAGUCAGGAGCUUGCUCGGGAAGGUAGGGCAGCGUGAUUCUGAGGUGCUGAAGCAGUGCCAGUGGGCCGAAUGGUCUCUCCGCACCUUGCCCUCUUCGUGGACCAGAGUGGACCCUCAGUCCUGGGGUAGCACAGAGGAGCUGGUGAAGGUGGUGCGGGCUCACAUCUUCCAGGAACAGGCCAGGAUAGUGUGGGUUGAAGAGAGUGAUAUGUGACUGGCUUCUUGAUGGGUUAGGUGGUCUUUGGUGAGAUCAGUGAGUUUGCACAAGAAGAAAGGCCUCUGCAGGACAGGGGAUUGGACGUACUGUUCCACCAAAGUUCUUCCAAAUGUAAGAUACAUGCCACAGAUCCUUGGCCCUUGGUGCAUGCUUGGCCAGGUUGACUUCCUUGCAGUCUGGCCAUUUCUUUGUUUGGCCUGACAAACGGGAGGAAGACUCUCACUGCCAUCAGGCAUAUGAGAAGAGCCGUGCUGGUGGAUCAGACUAAAGGCCUCGCUUGUUCAGUAUUCUCUUCCCACUGUCGCCAAAGAGAUGCUUCCAGGAAGCCCGCAAAUGGGACAUGAAACAGCCCCCGCCUACCCAUGUUCCCCAGCAACUGGUACACAGAGCCAGAUUGUCACCUGGUGGCUCAACCUCUGCCCUACUGUGGACCCUUUGUACCUCCCAGUGUUCUCUGUGGCUCUCGUCUCUACCUCAGUCCACAUCCCAGCAGAAGCAGGCGCAUGUGGCCAGGGAACUGGGGUGGACAUGGUCAUGUGCACGUGCACCUGCGGACAGGCAGCAUCUUCAGCCGAAGCAGCAGUGAGUGGGCUUCUGAAAUCAUCAUUGUGAGCCUUUCUGUGUAUAAAGGAUGAAUGGACACUCUUUAUUGGAAGGUCUGCACACG